AUGUUUAAUUUCUUGGAAAUAUUUUGCAGAAUGGACGAGGGAAGGUUUUACUCGAAAGUGCUGCAAGCAGUUGUUGUAGAGAUAUUGAAUCAAGUGGGAUUUGAACGGACAAGCAAGCAAUCCUUACAGAUAAUAAUAGAUUUAGUCUUCUCGCAGAUAAAUCAGAAGCUUCUUCGUGUUAAAGAUAUUCUCUCUGGGUCUGGUCUAUGCGAAGCAUACAAUAGGAUUGGAGAAGAAAAAGAAGAAAUUGAUAAAGACCUUUUGGAAGUGAUACUUUUAGCGAUAAUCCAAGAAUCAACUGGAUGUGAAGAUUCAUACAGAAGGAAGGAAUUGGUUUCAUUCCUGCAAUAUCAGUUGAAUAUUACGAAGCAGAUAAAAAAAGAGGCAGCGCCGCAGGAUGAAUCACUCCUUGAGAUACUUCGUGUAGGCGACCAAUUGAAAAAGACGCAUUUAGAAGAGAGGGCUUUGAUUAACUUCACUGGAGAGGAGGAAGGGGAGAAGAAGGCGCCUGAAGAGAAGAAAUAUUUAGACCAAGAUGUACAGGAACACCUUAAAGAACGUGCUAAUAUCUGUGUGGUAGAUGGGAAUGUGUCUGAACCUCAUGAAAUAUUCGGGUUAUUGCAGGGUGUGAAGAUGGAAGAUCCUAUUUUGGAGAUAAAUCCUGUUAAAACUGACUAUUUAAUACGUAAUAAUAUGCGGGACUAUGAGCAUAUGCUGAAUAGGAAGAGGCUUAGUACGCUGCAUUGCACGCCUUGUGAGUCUCAAGUGGAAAUACCCUUUUUGGAAGAUAUUCUUCUGCUGAGUACGCUUAGAAAGGUACCCAGGAAGAGGAAGGAGGUGAAGGAGAAGGAGUGGGUGAAAAUGGAAGAUGUUUCAGUGGAGUAA